AUGGUACAGGUGGCGUUGGCACAUGUGGCGGCGGGCUGCACCGCCGCUACGAACGCGUUAUCAGUGGCAGUCGGCAAUGCAUCUCCCCCCUCUGCAUGCGGAAGCUACUGCGCUGCGUUUAUUAGCAAGAACGUAGUGUGCUUGCUGCAAAGCAGCGUCGAGUAUGCUUCUCAUUCAGCCCCACUGAAGGUGGUGGAGACUUUAAAGCACCAAGAAGCGACAACCGACACCACAAGACUCACGAGUGUUCGACUGCAACUUCAUGAUCAAUCUAGUGACAUCCGCGUAAUUGCAGGCGACUCACAAGGCCGCGUAUUCGUGUGGACGAGGGCGUCUGAAGGACCCUGGAAGGUCCAGACGCUGCAGGACACCGAGCCGACGCUAUCGGUGGCUGCAGUCGCCAUCGCAGAGACCAAAGAACGUAAAAAUUACGUCGCUGCCUUCUCGGACGGAUCGUUGGCUGUAUAUGAGGAGAAAAAGAGAGAAAAAGUGACGCUCUUACGUCGACUGGAGCUUGGCAGGAAGAGUAUCAUGGAAACGGUGACUGUGACGGUAGUAGGAGACCAGGUGCUCUUGGCAGCAGGCGGAGUGGACGGCAAGGUGCAUCUAUUUGAAGUGACCGAUACAGUAACUAAGUUACUGGAGCUAGAGGGCCAUACGGACUGGAUCCGGAGUCUCGCUUUCGAUCGACAAAAGACGGACGUUGGUGAGGUGGUAACUCUAGCAUCUGCGUCACAAGAUCAACGGAUUCGACUAUGGAGAAUUACGACUCGUCUUAAAGACGCUACUGCGACAUCUGGAGAAGUGCAAGAAGGAUUCCUGGCUCACGGCUGCAAUUUCACGUAUACCGUGAGCUUUGACGCGCUGUUAGUCGGUCACGAAGAUUGGGUCACGUCUGUGCAGUGGAUGGACAAUGGGUCUUCGUUAUUGUCCUCGUCCAUGGACAAUACGUUGAUUGUGUGGACCACACUAGACGACCAAAGUGGCGCAUGGUCUCCGUCACUUCGGGUCGGGGAAAUGGGAGGCAACGGUCUGCUGGCUGCUGGAGUGUUGCCAGCUCGUGACGGACGCUUGAACUUGAUCUCACUGGGCUUCGGUGGACAAUUGGAGCGCUGGGGGCAACAGCCAGCGCCAUCCAAGCUGUUUCUACCUGCGAUCGCAGUUAACGGUCAUUGUGCCGAGGUCACGGACCUUUCUUGGUCGCCUAAAGGGGACUAUUUAGCAUCCGUGUCACUGGAUCAGACGACACGUAUACUGGCACCUUUAAAUGUAGUUGAAGGCGAGGAUAAAUGUACACAAAAAUGGUACGAGAUAUCGAGAGCACAAGUGCACGGCUACGACAUCAACUGCGGGUGUUUCGUGCUGGGAGUACGACCAGCCAAUGAUUUAUUCGUCAGCGGGGCAGACGAGAAGAUCUUACGUGUGUUUGAGGCUCCCGAUGAGGUCAAGGAACUGGUUGAUCGACUGAAAUCCCCGGAGAAGAACAGCCAAGACACUGCGGAGCGAACUCGGACCGUACAACAUGCUUAUCUUCCAGAAUUGAGUCUCACGAACAAGUCGGAAUCGUCUUCUAUUAGUGACGAUGGGUACGCUAAACUGAGCAACACGGUAGCGUUACCGGUAGGUGACCGGUUGAGUCGCAAGACGCUGUGGCCAGAACAACGUAAGCUCUAUGGUCACGGCAAUGAGCUUCUCAGUGUGACGUCGUCCCAUGCUGGAGACUUAAUAGCGUCUGCGUGCAAGUCUCGGGAAGAAAAAUACGCAGCGGUUCGUCUAUGGCACACGACGGACUGGAGCGAAGCACAGCCGCCACUUGAGGGCCACAAGAGCUCAGUCGUGCAGCUGGCGUUCUCUCCGAACGACCAGUUUCUAUUGUCAGUGUCCAGGGAUCGACACUUGUGUCUUUACGAGCGACAAGAUGCGGACCAGAAGUUUACGCUGGUGGAGCAUGUGAAGGCGCACAAGCGAAUUAUCUGGAGCUGCUCCUGGUCUCCAGACUCACGUAUCUUUGCUCUCGGGUCACGGGAUCAGUCAGUUUCGUUAUGGUCUCAGACUGGAGGGAAGUGGACUCGGGUGUGUGACCCAAUUACGUUUGAUGCUGCUGUCACUGCAGUAGCCUUCGCUCCAUACAAAACGACAGAGACUAACGAUCUACUUGCUGUGGGUCUGGAGACUGGAGAUAUCCAAUUUUUUGCUAUCUCAAGAAACGGCGCAGUAGUCUGCACGCCAGUGGGUGACAUUCCUUGGGUACUGUCGCCGUCCGCAGCAGUCUCACGUCUAGCUUGGCGUCCCACUAGUAACGAAGACUACGUGCUGGCAGCAGCAAGUAGAGACAACUCGAUUUUCAUAAUAUCCUCGGAUACGGUUCGAAAGUUCCUCGGAGAUCCCAAGGAAGCGACAACGUUCGGAAGUUGA